AUGGGAAGUAGUAGCAAAAACGGCACCCUGUUCUCAUCAGGGUCGUCAUCACCGUUAAGCACGUCUACGCCGCCGCCGCUGCCUUCGUCGGUCCAGCGACAAUCGUCCACAUUCUCGUCGCCGUCUUCACCGAGUGCUUUCCACGCAGGCAUUUCCAACCCGUGUGUCGCUACUGCGGGAAUCGGUCCCAUUACUACUACUACUACUGCUCCUAUAAAUAGUGGUACUACUGGUGAAUCCGCUCAGCACAGUCCUGUCAGUACAACAGCAUCUACGUCUGAAACGGGUACUCCCUCGUCGUCUACAUCCACAAAGCUACGCAGCGUACCCAUUCCACAACCGCUUUUAUUAAAGCGACGAACCAGUCGAUCGUCAAUGUCAUCCUCGUGCGACGAUUUGCUCAGCAACGACCAUAAUAGUAGUAGCAAUAAACUCAACAGCCCUUACAACAAACAGUUACCACCUCCAACUUCGAUACCAGCAGCAGGAGAACAAGUGCAACACCAACACCAUUACCGCAGUGGUGGUGAAUCGGAAUAUGGUAGUAGUCCCGGUAGCGAAAUUGUAGAUUCCCAGCAGCAGCAGACCGUGCACUUGGGUGCAUCUUCUCAGGCCAACCCGCGAUCGCCUCAUCAAUCGUCGUCUUCCAGUUCACCAAGAUAUGCGAGCCCGCCUGCUGGCAGUGGUGGAAAGUACAUGGUCAAGUCCAAAAGAGCGAGUUGGAUCGAUGGCUCGGCUUCUUCUCAAACACAGCAGCAACAACAGCAACAAUCGACAACACCAUCGUCGUCAGUGCCACCCGUUCCCCCAUUACCGCAGCAGUAUUUGCCCGACACCAGUAUACCAUCCACACCUUCAACACCUAUUGGCAGUACGAGCGCAGACAAUAACCGAUUAGCAAAAAGCCGUAAAAGUUCCAUGGCUGAAGGCAUGAAUUAUAACAACAGUAGCAACAUCAAUUAUGCUUCUUCAUCGUCCUCACCGACUGGCUCGCCUAAAGGAAUUGUCGCGAAGCGACUCAAGGAGCAACAGCCGCCACCGCCAUUAGCAGCACCAGCACCGGCAUCUGGUGGAUACGUGUCAUCCUCUUCUUCUACUACUGGUGAGCCAAUGCUUAAAUCCGGAUCCAUCAGCAAGUUGCGGGAAAAUCGUCUCUCUGAACAUCAACAACAGCCGAUCAAACGAUCGUCGUAUGUGGACGAUCUGGAUGAUGUAGCAUCUACUACAUCUACUGAUACCCAAAGCAUUUCAUCCUUCCAAUGGUAUGGGCUAAAGCGUCAAAGCAGUAAUCACCCUGGUGGUCAAGGAGUCGCAGGUCAAGGACAACCCUACCAUGAACGGAGAGCCUCAUCUAUUUCUUCUAUUAUCACUGAUUCAAGUGCCAUGACAGACGAAUUUUAUUCGCCUUCUUCGUCGCCGCGGUUGUUUCACUCUCCUCGCGGCGGGAGUCCUUUGCAGUUUCCAACAAUGACUGGUACCACCAACUUAUCGGAUCGAGGAAAAGCAAGCAAUGCAUCGAGACACGAACCUAGUGCGACAACCCCGUCCAUGACCGCCGCUCACGGUUUUCCUCCUACCACAUCUGUCAGUGCUACGCCACAUGGCUCGACGCAGCAACAACAACGUGCGCAUCGUAGAUCAUCCAUGAGCAUGCUAAAAAACAUAACUAAUACUGAGCUAGCAGGUAUUGUGAGCGGUACACUGCCCAAUCCUGUCGUGGAUGCACCACCAGCACUUCCACUACCAUCAUCUUGCGCGCCACCUCCUUCGUCUGCAUCCUCCUCGUCCCAUUCAAGUACGAGCAACGCAGCAAACCGAAGCACCAACAACAACAACAACAUUAAUUUAUCAUCACCCGAAUCUAGCAGUAAAAACAACAACAAUGCUCCUGGGAGUAUACCAGCAUAUCAACAUUCACUGCAUACUUUAUUACGUCGUCAAUUGUCGAGCAAACGAAAAUCGAAUCGACGUUCACUACCCAAUACGACUAUUGAGACGCCACCUACGACUACGACGACACCCAGCUCUAAUGCAACUCGAUCUGGAUCACUUACAGCUGCGUCUGCGAGUGAGGCUGAUAAGGAUGUCGUCGAAAUAGAUUUGGAUAGUAGCAGCAACAGUGACACGCAAUCCAUAAUAGCUGGUCGUUCGUCGGAUGCAGGAGGAGAGGGACAACAUCAUCAUCAACACGGCUCGUCUUACAUGGAGGAAUUGCAAACACAUGUAUACCCAGCAUUACUGCUUAACGCUACCCACGACGAAAUGACGAGUGGGCUGUCAAUGAUGCCGCAUUAUUAUGAUGAUCAUCAUCACCAUAAUCCUUUGGUACCAAGUGGGAAUACAUCCGCACCGGAGCUGACACGAUGGGAGCAGGAUAUCAACAGUGAUUAUUUCAUUCGUGAUCAUGUUCCCAAAACAUCCUGUGGUGAAACUUCAUCGUUGUUCUCAGUGCCUCGACAUUCGGACGACAGCUAUGCGCAAAACUUGUACAUGUCUCGAUCAGCUAAACUUCGACGAUGGUGUUCGCUUCGUAUGGGUCGUAACCACGAUGACGAAUAUGACCACAGCGAGGAGGAAGACCACAACGGUGGUCAUGAUCAUCAAAGCAGAGCAGGAAAGGCAGCAGCCCGAAUAUUUCGACGACGAGAAGGUAACCAGCCAAUGCCGACUAUCAUGGUUACAAGCGGUGAGGAAGCAGCGGAGCAAGGUGACAAGCAUAAUGUUGUCAACGAUGUUCCGUGGGUCGAUUGGCUGGACGAGUACAAGGUUCUCAAGUCGCAAGAAAUCGAACGGCGACGGUCCAUAUGUUCUGUAUCGUCAAUGCCUUCCUCACAGCCUGAAACAGCGACUACAACCGCAGAAACACGACUAUCCUCUUCGAUCAACCAUAGGCUGUCUAUGUGGUGGGGCACGGUCAAGUCGAAUGCCGAGUGGUACGCAUCCCCAAGCCGACUGCUUACUCACUUGCGAAGACAUAGCGACAAACCAGUAAGCCACGACGAUAAUUUGAGAAGUUACUUCCAUCACCAUCAUCAUCCGCACCAUGUGUUGGGUGGACCAACGCUGGAUGUAUUACCGUCUGAUCAUGAAUCUGGACAUCCUGGAGAUACCCUAGAAAACCAAACAGCAACACGUCCGGCUGUAAAACCCAAGCUGCGCCGGUGCCAGACUUCGCCGGAUGAAGCGGACAUCACACGAUCCAUAAGCGAUUAUACAGCCGACGCUAUUUCAGAAGCGGAUGAAUCGCAACAUAACCGUCGAGCGUCGCAGCAAUUAAGCCAAAUGGUUGGCAGCGACAAUACCAACAGUAGUACACCGCCUAGAAGAUUAUCAUCGCAACAGCAACAGCAACAGCUCCCACAGCAUGUAACAGUGCCUUCCGCAGCGACGACUCCAACAACCCAUGUGGGAUACCGAUUUCAUAACCCAAUUGAUCAUCGCCUUGGUCUUUUCGGUCGACUCGGCAGAAUUUUUGGGACCGGCAAUGAUGGUGAAGACAAAUCGUCUUCGAUUCGAGUGCAAAAUACCAUUCGAUCCCGGCUGCAGUAUGCCAAAGACGCGUGUGAUUCCGAGAUGCGUCGUAUCAUUGACGGGCUGAACGAAUAUGUCGAACGUGGUUUACAAUAUGUGGAAGAUAUGGAUGAAAUGCUGGAGCGUGGUGUGCAACCAAUGAGCAGCAGUAGCAGCAGCGCAAGUGGUGAUAUCGGUGAUGAUCAAUCAGAUCGAAGCGAUAAUGACACAGAAACAGGUCAUCCAUCGCGUAUAUCUGCAGUACAACAACAACAGCAGCAACGGAAACGUAAUAUCACCACUGAACUGCAGGAUAUUGAAGAACAAGAAGAGGAACAACAUCCCCAUGACGAUCAGUAUGACUACCGCCGCCAUCGCCAUCGCCAGCGGCAUCAGCAUAAUGAUUCUGGCGAAGAUAUUGAAGGGGGAGGAAACUUUUACCACAGUAAUGCUGGUACAGCGACUACCAGUGGUGAUGUUACUCCUAGUGGCAGUGGCACCGUAAUGAUUCCACCACCAACAACAACAACGCCUCCAGCUAACAUGAACAACAUGAUCACGCUGAUAACAGAAGACUCGUAUCAAGCCACACCAUUUAUCUUGACACUUCAAGACUUGAUUACAUUGGCGCAAAGCGUGAUGGAUACCCCACUCGAUGUGUUUCUGGACUACAAAGGCGUUUGCGCAGAUCUUGUAUCCAAUAUUCAAGCCAUUGGCGUCCAAUGGGACGAACAUCCAGAAUGGCCAUGCCGUGAAUGGUAUGUCCGACUUUUGCUUGGUGUUGCAGCAUUUAAUCGUGUUUUGGAUUGGUGGGAGGCCGAACGCGGCUUCUGGGCUUGGUCGUCGUCAUCAACAACGCCUCCUACUACUGCUGCGUUGCAACAACAUCAUCAACAACAACAACAGUUAUCCACCAUUACAGCAAGCAUGUCAGCUGCUGCUGCUGCUGCAGCAGCAGCAAGUGAUACGGAUGGUGGUGCAACAACUGAUCUAGAAUCAAUCAGUGGUUUAUCGACCAAAGAUGGCGAACUCAGUAGCGAUACGGGUGCUGGUAGCAGCAGCGGUUUCGAAUUACCCUCUCGUCAGCGAUUACCGACGAGCAGUAGUGAUGGCACAGGUCGUGGAUCGGAUAUUGUGGGAUCAGCUGUACCGAGUCGGUUAUUGCCUCAACACAAUAAUGAUGAUCUAUCCUCUGUAUCCACUCAAGAAGAUCAACAAGAUCAGCAACUAGAUCAGCAGCAGCUGGAUUUGCAAGAGGCAGCAGAACGCAAUCAAAAUAGUACAAUCAUCAUGGAGUUGAGCUUGGGUACAAUCGCUAUCCAAUAUGUCAGUCCAGUUUGGCUCGAUUAUGUCAGGAGCGAAGAUGCUCAAUCCAUCAUGGGCACCAGUAUAUCACGUUUCCUAUCAAGCGAAGACCAACGUGUGUUUACCGAAGCGACCGAAGAGCUGCUUACAGAUGAUUCUCGGACAGUCGAGGUACGAUUCCAUAUGCUGAUUGACCAUGAUGAAGAAUACGACGCUACGACGGAAAUGGAAGGCAAGGGUAUGUUGAUGUAUAAUCGAGUAACGGGAGAGCCAAGUCAUACCAUGUGGGUCAUCAAGCCGGUCAGUUCACGCCGAUGGUCCAUUAUUCAGCACUCGACUUCAACCUCAAGUCGACAGGAGGAAGAGCAACAACAACGCCAGCAGCAGCAGCAGCGAACUGGCGGUGCUGGCGAAGUUGAAGAGACUAAAGCAAUGAUGCGCAAUCGAUCUUUGUCUGAACCAACCCUGGAUUCGCCAGGCUUGGUGGCAACCACUGUCCAGGAUGAUAACGAAGAUCAACAGCAAAAACAGCAAGAGCUUCAGUUCCCAGAACAACAACGUGAAGGAGAGGGCGAAAUCAAGGAUCAACCAGAGCAAGAAAUAUCAAAAGAAAUGCUCAUGGCAAUACCGCCCGUCCUCUGCCAUGUCUGUGAACGCUGGGUCGUUGCAGCAUUCUUUGAACAGCAUUCUGAACUCUGUAUCGAAAUCCAUCGGACUGAAUUGGAUGUCAAUAUUUGCAACGACAGUUUACGUGAUUUGAGACACCACAUCGUCGAGAUUUCAGAAGAUACCAAGGCUGAAAUCAAUGAACUCUCCACGGAAACAGCGGGAAGAGAAGAAGGACAAGAUGCUUCUUUGCCCUCGUCCUUAUCACCGCCUUCUUCCACCUCUGCUACUGAACAAAAAGGACAAGAUAUAAAGGAUGAUGAUAAUGGAGACGACGACUGCGACAAGGACUCAAUCUAUGGUGCUGAUGCGCUUCCUGUCGAACAAAAUGUACCCUCAGCGAUCGAAUUAAAACAAACUGACCUCGAAGUGUAUAAGGAUCUUCUUGAUAUUGUCGAUGUUGCACUCAGUAUUUCAAUGCCUGGUCGUGGUGAAGACGAUUAUGAAGACGGACAAGGCGAAAGCGAGAAAAACAAUAGAAAUAUUGAUGAAAAGCAGGAUGAUGACGAUGAUGAUGGCAAAGAUGAUAGAGCUCGUUCGUUACAGUCACCUCGUUCAAAGACAAAGAUGGUGCAUAUCUUGUAUUGGCGACCUCCUACAGCAGAUGAUCCUAAUACAAUCAAUCUGAUCCGUGAAGUCGAAGGUAUGAUCCGGAAAAAGGUGGAUGUGGUAAACCGCAUGCGAGAUCAUUUGGAAUACAAUGAACGAACAAGGACCGACUUCCAAAAGACAAUGCAACAAGAAGACGGAUGGACAGAGUUUGUGCCUGAACAACCACCGAAGCCACCACCAAAAAAAGAAGAGCCUCAACAGCAACAGCAACAACAUCCAAAAAAGGGACUCUUGAGCAGACUCAAGCGAGGUGUUGGCCGGCUAUCACGCAAGCAUCGACGCAGCAGUAAAAGCGCAGGAGGAUCUUCCAUAUCAGGGGCAAGUGGUAGCAGCAGUAGCGGCGGUCAUUGUCGCAAACCAACACCGCCACCCAAAGCACCUAUCCUCGAGGUCGAAGUGAUUGAUACACCCAUGGCAUCACCUGGGUUACGGCCGCAGAAAUCCGCCAAGGACUUGUCUACAGGCAAAUCCCCGUUAGAACCAUUACAAGCCUUCAUUCCUCCGCGGCUUACACCUCCUAGUAUCAAGGAUUUUGACAUCAUCAAGCCAAUUAGUAAAGGUGCCUUCGGCUCUGUGUUUUUAGCAAAGAAACGGUCCACUGGUGACUACUAUGCCAUCAAGUUUCUGAAAAAGUCAGACAUGAUUGCCAAAAACCAGGUGACCAAUGUCAAGGCCGAACGUAUGAUUUUGAUGACCCAGACCGAUAGUCCAUUUGUCACCAAGUUGUACUAUACGUUCCAGUCUAAGGAUUAUCUUUACUUGGUUCUCGAAUAUCUCAACGGUGGCGAUUGUUCGGCGUUGGUCAAAGUCCUGGGCAGCCUGCCUGAAGAUUGGGCACGGAAUUAUCUAGCAGAAGUGGCGCUUGGUCUGGCAUAUCUGCAUAGCAAAAAUGUCAUUCACAGAGAUGUCAAACCAGACAACUUAUUGAUCGAUCAAAACGGACACUUGAAGCUGACAGAUUUUGGGUUGUCGCGUAUUGGCUUUCUGAAUCGCCGUGUACGAGACGAACUAAGCACGGCAACGCCCUAUGACGAUAAUGCGUCUGGUCAUGCUCUCCCGUCUUCGCCUGCACCAUCACCUGAAGAAGCACCAUCGGAUAUGUUAACAACGCCAUCAAACAGUGCAUAUCGCCAUUCGUACUUUAGUUUGCUUUUCGAUGAAGGACGUCGCAGCUCUCGAUCCAGCUCUGUGUCUGCAGGUACAGAUGUGAGCAAACAUAAUCAACCACAACUACAACAGCCGCAACCAGAACAGCUACAUCAGAAUCCACGGGCACCAUCGGAUACGAGCAGCAGCAGCAAUACGCCACCGCCCCGUGCGGCAGACAAUCAUACCCCUGUUUUGAGCACGCCUGGGUACAUGCAAUGUGACCGCAGUGAUACCCCACGCAAAGCAGUAGGCACGCCGGAUUAUCUAGCACCAGAGAGUAUCUUAGGUACCAGCCAGGAUUCCAUGUGGGCAUUGGGUGUGAUCUGCUACGAGUUUCUAUAUGGUAUCCCUCCCUUUCACGCCGAUACACCUGAUCGAGUCUUUGAAAACAUCUUGUCACGGCGGAUUGAUUGGCACGAAGAUCUUGUGGAUGUGUCUCCUGAAGCUCGGGAUUUCAUGGAGCGGCUCAUGACUUUGGACCCGGAAAAACGACUAGGUGCCAACGGAUCAGACGAGGUCAAGUACCAUCCGUUUUUCAAGUCCAUCAAUUGGGAUUCCCUCCUGACCGAAUCCCCGGCCUUUGUACCACAGCCUGCCGACAUGGAAGAUACAGACUAUUUCGACUUGCGCGGUGCAACUAUGCUUAGAAAGGAGGAAGACCGACUCGGUGUAGACAAAGGAACGGGAGGAUUGCAGAUACCUGAAGAUGACAAGCAACAAGUUGAAAAGGCCAAAGCGAUUAUUCAAGAACAAAAUCCUGAACAUUUGCAUGAAGAUCAACAGCAACAACAACAACAGCUGCUACAACAAAAGGGCUUGCAUCUCAGCGCGGUCAGUUUGACGGAUACGAACAGUGACAAAAAGCAUGAAGAAGAGUUUGGCACAUUUGUUUACAAGAACUUGCCCGUAUUGGAAAAGGCAAAUGAAGAUGCAAUUCGAAAAAUCCGUCAUGACAGUAUCGUUGCCAGUGAUCUGCACAAAUCGUCACCACCGCCUCCUGCGCCACAAACACCUCGCAGAAAAUCAUCAAACACGGUUCUCGGUAUUACGACAGCUAAUGCGGGCGCUACUGCCGCCGGUAAUGUCGCAGGGGCUGGUGAAGAAGAGGAUGUGAACCCGCCACUACCGCCGCCCAUGAUAUUGUCGCAUUCAGCAUCGACCAAAACUGUUCGACGGUCGAUGGAUGUGGUUCAAGGACAACCACAGCGGUUAGCAGAAAAAUCAAGAAUGCGGUCCGCAUCAUCGCCUGGUGAUCGUAGCACUGCUAUUGCUACAGCCGCUGCUAAUAGUGCUACGCACCCAUUGGAUGAACAUCACGAAAGCAGUGGCAGUAUCACAGCUGCUCCCACUACAACAACAUAUCCUCCAAUACCAAGCACAAGCCCACCACAGCAGCAGCAAAGCAAUAAGCCGUUGGAUUGUUUAGUUGCGGAUGAUAAUCCAAUCAGCUGUAAGAUUCUCGAGACUAUCCUCCAGACGCUUCAAUGCCGAUGUGUGAUUGUACGCAAUGGCGCACAAGCGAUUCGAAGCGCCAUGGGUGAUGUACGAUACGAUAUUAUCUUUAUGGAUAUCCGCAUGCCUAUCAUUGAUGGUGAAGCAGCAGCACGAAUGAUCAAAUCGACCAACAACUUGAACCGAACCACGCCUAUUAUAGCAGUUACAGCGUAUGAACGCACAGUCCAACUAGCCGGCGCCUUUGACGAUAUUAUUAGCAAACCAGUCACCAAAAGCACCAUUUAUCAACGUCUACAACAAUUUUGUGGUACGUGUGAACCGCAGCAUCGACCUCCAUUAUUCGCACAUCAUUCAUCCAAUUCAUCGUUGAGCAGUCGAUUUAAAGCCUAA